CGCUGAGCUCACCUCUUCGGCGAUUCGCGGCGCAUAUUUCGCUGCUUGCGAGCGAUACGGGAUCAGAGCGUGUUCGAAAGUUUCACCAUGAAGGACACAAAAGAUGCGAGCACUCGGCGGGACGGCAAAGACAAUAAAAUUCCACGCACAGCGGAUCUGAAGGAUGUCGAGGCAGACAGCGACGCCGUGUCGGACUCCACAGCGGUUAACGCAAGCAACAGCGGGCUUGUGUUCUGGUUAAUCACUUUGGGUCAAGCAUCAGUUGCUCUUGGCAUCUUCCUCCUCUUCUGGUGUCUCGAAUACAGUGACUCCCUAACCAUUGGCUCGAUUCCCGCUGAUUGGUGAUUUACGUUUUGAUAACCGUCCUCCUUAUGUGUUCGGCACGGUGUGCGCAGAUGCUGGUAGUCAAAGCGAUGGCGCUGCUGGUCAGCCGGAAAGCUUCCUCGACCGAAGGAGCCUCCAUUGGACCGCUGCUUUUCUGCGCUCACAUCCAUGUACCGCUUAGUUCGUCGAUGUCAGGGUUUAUGAGAUUCAUCACCACAUUCAUGGCCGUAUUCGUCAUUGCCGCGGAACUUGCGACGAUUCUUGUUUACAUCAAGCCGGUUGCGAAACCGGAAAUUGCGGCUCAUGGCAGUUUGUUGGGCUGGACUGUUCUCCCGCCGGCGUCUUUGCUGAACACCAGCAUACCUCUCGAUGCGGGCGGCGUCUUAUCUACCAUAUACACAUCUUCGCUGACAGCAACGCGAGCUUAUGGCGUGCCAAAAGCAUCUGGUCUUCUGGUCACCACACAGUUCGCAAACCAGCCGCCGACCAUCCCAAAGAACGCGACGGUGGGACAGUACAAUCUGAAGUGCAAAGUGCCUGGAAUACAAGUUUCGUGCAAGUGCAGCGGGGCCUCAAGCUGGGCGUCUGUGGAUGAUACCAGUCUGCUUGGAAAGAUGUCGAAUUUCCUCACAUUCUACAACGAUACCCACAUCAUCCUUCCGGCGACACAAUCGCCGACCUUUUCCGCCGCAUACUUUGUUCCCUGCAGCUGCUCCGCCACUUACGGUUUGGCCGAUGUUGAAGGCACGGGGACCGUGCGGAGUAGAAAUCCUUCCAUGAAAACGGUGCCAGAGAAGGCCUCAUUCUCUGAAAUUCGAUACGAUCUUUCACCUUCGCAGAUCGCAGAUCAGGGCCCUGCAGGACAGACUGGCAACCGUACCGUCGCAGAUAGCGCUCACGGAAGUUAGUCUCGUUGGGAUCUACACCAAUUUCACCCAGACGGGGGCUGAGAUCAGUGGGAUAUCGCCGAUUCUGAGCAGCGGAUUGGAAGCAUACCUGACCUGGAGCAUACCGGCCGUGGCUUGGGGCC